AAUCAAAUUGAGCUCACAAUCACACAUAAUGCAGCGCUGUAAGGGUUACUGAAACGCUGGAGCAUCAUCAUCAUCAUCAUCAUCCUCCCAUGGGCUGUGUCGUCUGACUGUCACAAAGAUGCAACAGAUCUUUCCCAACAAACUGAUGAUUCCGUCUCAUCCUUCGGCAACAGAUGAUUUGGCCUGAUACUGAUGUACAAUCAAAGUUAACAUCGCAGACGUUAUUCGGCAAGGUUUUAUUGUAAAUUCAUUGUUGUGAUUAAGGAAUAAUGCGCGCGCAGGAUGGGAUUUACUAAUUCAAACGACAAGGUGACGAGAGUUUUGAAAGAGAUGAAAUUGGGAGAAUUUUUAGAGUUGUCUGACCUUUAUCUGAACUAAUCUGCUUUUCUUUGUAAAUGUGAUAAAUGCCUAAGCGCUCGCGCUUAAUUCGGUCGUGAUACGCGGACGGUUUUCUCAUGUUUUUGGGUUUACAAUAGUGUCAGAGUGCACAUGAAUGAGGAUCAACGCAAGCAUCCUCCCUUAGACUGAGAAUCUGAGUUUCUCCGUUAACAGGUGGUUCUUCGCGUCCCUGAUGGUCAUGUUGACGCCGGAAACUCUCUACAGUUGUUCGACUUUUAUAACUGACGACAGCUGCGCAGGUUUAGAAAGCCAAGAGAGUUACUAGGUAAAAGCCUCUUCAUCGAAAUCUAUGAUCAGCUCGGUGUGUGUUUCGUCGUACCGCGGGCGCAAGUCAGGCAACAAACCUCCUUCCAAAUCAUGUCUGAGGGAAGAGAUGGCCAGAGGGGAAGACUCGGACAAAAUCAUCAUCAACGUCGGCGGCACGCGCCACGAAACCUACAGGAGCACCCUUAGGACCAUACCGGGCACGAGACUCGCCUGGCUCGCCGACACAGACAACCAAGGGAACCCGGACGCAGACACGGGACAGACGCCCACCACCACCAGCGAAUUCUUUUUUGACCGACACCCGGGCAUAUUCGCCUAUGUGCUGAACUACUACAGGACUGGCAAGCUCCACUGCCCGGCGGAUGUGUGCGGCCCUCUGUUUGAAGAGGAGUUGGCAUUUUGGGGCAUUGAUGAGACGGACGUGGAGCCCUGUUGCUGGAUGACCUACCGCCAGCACAGGGAUGCAGAAGAGGCGCUUGACAUGUUCGAACCGCCAGAUCCGGAGGAUGCGGAGGACGACCAGGACUUGCCCAGACGCUUCGGCAUUGAAGACAGCCCUGACCGCUCCAGGGGGUGCUGUGAAGUUUGGCAACCAAAAAUAUGGGCGCUCUUUGAAGAUCCAUAUUCUUCGCGUGCAGCCCGGAUAAUUGCCUUUGUCUCCCUCUUUUUCAUCCUGGUGUCCAUCACCAACUUCUGCCUGGAGACCCAUGAGCACUUUAAUGAGCUUCAUAAUCGCACUGAAACAUUUUUAGUGGGAAACACCACCAUCACCAACUACACACUGGAGAUGGAGACCAAACCAGUGCUCACACUGGUGGAGGGAAUCUGCGUGUUGUGGUUUACCUUUGAGUUCCUGGUCCGCAUUAUAUGUUGCCCGAACAAGCUUCUCUUCGUCAAGAACAUGCUAAAUAUCAUUGACUUUGUAGCCAUCCUGCCCUUCUAUCUGGAAAUGAGUUUGAGUGGCCUCACAUCUAAAGCUGCCAAGGAUGUCCUGGGCUUUCUGCGUGUGGUCCGUUUUGUGCGCAUCCUACGGAUCUUUAAGCUCACGCGACACUUUGUGGGUCUCAGGGUUCUCGGCCACACCUUGCGGGCGAGUGUCAAUGAGUUUUGCCUGCUCAUCAUCUUUCUUGCGCUCGGGGUGCUCAUCUUCGCCACCAUGAUCUACUAUGCCGAACGUUUCGGCGCAGAUCCCAGAGAUCCUAGUGACUGCAGCCACACUCACUUCAAGAACAUUCCCAUUAGCUUCUGGUGGGCGGUGGUCACCAUGACAACAGUAGGUUAUGGGGACAUGUACCCUAAGACGUGGCUGGGCAUGAUGGUCGGCGCGUUAUGCGCAGUAGCGGGCGUGCUUACCAUCGCCAUGCCGGUGCCUGUUAUCGUUAACAAUUUUGGGAUGUACUACUCCCUAGCUAUGGCUAAGCAGAAGCUGCCAAAGAAGAAGAAGAAGCACAACCCAAACCCAGACAUGGUGGUGGACUCAGCCUCGUUUGGGAAGUCUGAAAGCAACUCGCCAAGGAACAGCACACAGAGCGACACCUGCCCCCUCGCCGCUGAGGAGAACAUCGGAAGAAACCGUUCAGAUUCAAAGCAGAACGGUGAUGCCAACGUUACUCUUUCAGAAGAGGAGGGCUGCAGUCUGACCCAACCGCUCUCUCCGAGCGAUAGGUGGACCCUCCGAUGUUCACGCAACAGAGACAAGACCAUGAAAGAGGCAACUUGCUUCCUGCUGAAUUCUGGAGACUUUUCUUGCGGAGCUGACCCCACCAUCCACACAGAGAGCUGUAAAGAUACUCUCACAUCCCCAGCAAACUACACUCAAGCGGAAGUCACCACCCUGACCUGAGGGGGUUUGUCCUGAUAGGACUGAGAUAUUCACCGAUCAUGCAUCAUCUGUCUCAGUCAAGGGUGCGAUACCCCUAUAGACUGGUAAAAUGUGAAUCAUUUCUAGUCAAAUCAUCAUGUACGUCUGUCUGUUUUCAAGCUGCCAGGCAUGUAUUAGCAUGAUAGAGCAUAAGUACUUUUGGUCUAAAUGUAAAUUUAAUGUACUUUUAUAUUUAGGACACAUAAAAUCUUACCUGAAGUAACUAUUAAACUAGUAAAAUAUUACUGAUGAACAAUUUUGCUUAAGACCCCAUUAAAUCAAAAUAGGAUCAUUUUAAAUGCUUGUUUAAUGCUGAAAAUUUACAAAAUAACUUAUUUAUAUUUUAGAGACUUUUUUUUAAAGGACAAACCCUUCAGUCCUUCUUUCGUUAUGUCAGCACAGGAAAGAAAACUGUGUGGUGUCUUUAAAGUCCCCGUGAACCAGAAGUUGCAACCGACUUUACUUCAGUGUAUUUCAAGUGAAAUGGAAUAUUAAAUAGAGGGCGGGGUUUCAUUUUAGCGCACCUCCUCUCCAUCCCUUGCUCAUAGCAGACUGAUGGCUGAGGGGAGUGGUUAAGGUUAUUCAACCCAAGCCGUGAUCAAUCAACCUGACGUGAUCAAAGAAGGCACGCCAUUCCAAAGCGGAAGCAAAUUUUUAAAUCUUGAUUAAAAAUUACCACGUCAAACUAUUUUUUUUUCUGUGUAUUAACUUGCACGGAUUAAUUGUUCACCACGAGACUGGUAAUGUGUGCUAACAAAAUAAAUAGGGUCAAUUUCAUGAUGACUUUAACAUUUGUAUUGAUUUUUCUCUCACUGAGUCCUGCAAUAUUUUGUCAAGAUUAUGUAUCUAAAAGUGCAAAAUCAGACUGAAACUAUAAGAUCAUUAGAAAUGUCCAGUGUUCCUGUUCUAGGUACACUACCGUUCAAAAGUUUGGGUCUGUAAUAUUUUUUAAAUGUUUUUGAAGUGUCUUAAAUGCUCACCAAGGCAGCAUUUAUUUGAUCAAAAAUACAAUAAAAUUAGUAAUAUUGUGAAAUAUUAUUACAAUUUAACAAAACUGUUUUAUAUUUUGAUGUAUUUUAAAAUGAAAUUUAUUCCUGUGAUGGUAAAGCUGAAUUUUUAGCACCAAUACUCCAGUCUUUAUUUUUAUUAUUCUUUAUUUAUCAUUCUAAUAUGCUGAUUUGCUUCUCAAGAAACAUUAUCAAUGUUAUUAUCACAGUUGUGCUGCUUAAAGCUUUUAUGGAAACUGUGAUUCUUUUUUCUGAAUUCUUUGAUGAACAGAAAGUUUCUAAGAACAGCAUUUAUUUGAAAUAGAAGUCUUAACUGUCACUUUUGAUCAGUUUAAUGAAUAUUUGCUGAAUAAAAAUAUUACUUUCUUUCAAAAAACAAACAAACUUUCGAACAGCAGUGUACUUCAUGAUCUAUAUAAAACAUUUCUCCCCUCAGGCUACAAAUUCUUUAUUUGGACAAAAGCAGAAACCAGCCUGUGUCUGUACAGUAUCGUUCCAGAGAUCACAGGCCAACUAACACGACUGUAAAAAUGACCCAUUAAUCACUGUAAAAAUAACCCUCAAACAAGGAUCUUCAAGAGUUUCCAAACGUUUUUUAAUUUGAAGGCAAAUGCAUAAAACAGUUUCUUAUGAAGAAAAUAAAUACCAAAUGCAGCUUUAUUAAAGAGCACAGUGGCAGCUGCAUGCUUUUCCAACCAUCGUUUUCUGUAAUCCAAAUUACAUAAGGUCUUACAUUUGAAAUCAUCUGUAUACAUAACAUCGCUGGUUGAGAUGGGACCAAAAUCUGAAACCUUUAUGUUCUGCGAUGUUAGUUCACUGUAAUCUAACCUUCUUUUGCGAGUACACGUUGUAUAACCUGUCCAAGUUGUGCCUACUGUCUUGUAAUACUACUAAUAAUAUUACUAAUAAUAAUAAUAAUACAAAAAACAGUGGAAUACUUUGUUGUUCAGAGAGGCUCAUAUUGUUGAGAUGUCAAUCAUGUUCGCACACAGACAAAAAAAAUUUUUUGUGUGACUUUUUUUCCGAUUUGUUGUCUGCCAUAGUUGCCUUAUGUUUCAUAACAGUUCAAGUGCAACAUGUUAUUUAGACCCAAAAAGUGCAUAAUGUAAAUAUCAGUACUGCUGGAUGUAGCAGAGUAUCACUAUCUAGCAAGAAGGUGCAUUCACUGUCUAGUUAUACAGUCCAACAGUAUCUGCCUUUAGCCAGUAACCGUGAGUUUGUUUGUGUGUUUCAGGGAUGACGUAACAUGCUAAAAAAGAGGCUCAUACAGUAUACUAAUAGAUGAUAUGGUACAACACUGUAACUUUUGGAUGAACAUGUACAUUGUUAUAUGUCUAAAGAAAAAGCAGUUCAUAUCUUGUAUUAUGUAGGCAUGUGUGUCUAUGCAUUUCUGCAGGAAUACAAAUAAAAUCUAAAUAUUGAA